AUGACAAUUUUAGAAAACCUGAAAAUUCGCUAUGACAAGAAAAACAUCUAUACCUACAUUGGCAAUAUACUGGUCACGGUUAACCCUUAUGUUGACCUUCUCAUUGAUGGUCUCGACGUUAUGGCAACAUACAGAAAUCAGUCCAUGGCGUCAAUGCCACCUCACGUAUAUGGCAUAGCUGAAGGAAUGUAUCAAAAUUUGGUCCACGAUGGGGUCGAUCAGGUUGCGAUCAUAAGUGGUGAGUCUGGUGCAGGAAAAACUGAAGCUUUUAAACGUAUUUUACGUCAUCUUGCGGCUUCAAGUGAAGGUGAUCAGAUUACUUGGGGGUCUGCCGCUCAAGGUGUGCUUGAGAGUACUCCGCUUCUUGAGAGUUUUGGAAACGCUACUACAUUGAGAAACGACAACUCGUCUAGAUUCGGCAAAUUUGUGGAGGUAUUUUUUUCUGGUCCAUCGAUUACAGGGGCUCGGGUGACAAACUAUCUACUAGAAAAGUCACGUGUUGUCCAGCAGUCUGUUGGCGAGAGAAAUUACCAUAUAUUUUACCAGCUCUUAAGUGGUCUUGACAAAGAAACGAAGAAUGCACAUCAGCUUACCUCUGUGUCAGACUUUGCCUACCUGCAAUAUGGCAAAGCGAGUAAGGUUGCUUCCCGGUCUGACCCAGAAUCGCUGCAAGUUCUCUUGAAUUGUUGGUCAAACCUGCGCUUUACCGGGGAGGACAUGGAUGUUUGUCUUCGCAUUAUGUCUGGUGUACUCCAUUUGGGAAAUGUGGAAUUCGGAGAGGAGGAUGAGGUCAGUUUUAUCAAGAACCCCAAGGUCCUGGAUGUUAUUGCCAGCGAGCUGUCUAUCAAUUGUCAAAUCCUUGCUAAUGUCUUAACAACCAAAGUUACGGAAACGCGAACCGAGGCAGUAAGAAGUCCAGUAAAUAGAAUUCAAGCCAGAGUUAACAGAGAUUCCAUAGCCAAGUACUUGUACUCCAAGUACUUUGAGCUUUUGGUCGAAGAACUCAACCAGCGACUCGCGCCUCCCAAAAUCGACGCGGCAGAUGCCUCACAAAGCAUUUCACUUCUCGACAUCUAUGGAUUCGAAAAUCUGCCAACCAACUCUUUGGAGCAACUCUGUAUUAACUACGCGAACGAGAACCUCCAACUUUUCUUCAAUCGCUACGUUUUCGAACUGGAGCAAGCUGAGUAUAGCAGUGAGGGGGUUAGUUGGAGCUACAUCACAUUCCCAGAUAACAGAGUCAUAAUCAAUCUGCUCACUGGGAAGCCCGAUGGGAUAUUUCACAUUCUCAACGACGAGGCUUAUCUCGGUCAGGUAACCUGUUUUACGUGCCUUAAUGUUCCACAUGACUAA